CCUUUCUAAUUUCACUUUGGAUAUAGGAAAUUUGAAAUGGUAGAUAAAAUUUUCCAUUUUGCUAUAAGCCGUUGACUGAAUUAUUGGGGCUCAAAAAAUUCAAGUUAUUGAUGUUUCUAAAUAUGUAUAAUUGUACGUUGAUUGCCAAAAGUGAAACGACAUUGUUAAGUUAAAAAAGAAAGAAGAGUGUAAUGGUUGCAAAAAAAGAGGACUAUAAGAUGAUCGAACCCGGUCUGCUGCAGCAGUUAGCACAUGGAUUGGUUUAUCAGUUGUGAUACAUGUUGCACCGUAAUUGGUCUUAGUCUCUUAGAUAUUAGUGGUUAUAAGCACUUGAUUGACUUAUUGGGGCUAAAAAAAUUCAAGUUAUUGCCGUUUCUAAAUAUGUAUAAUUGUAAGUUGAUUGCCAAAAGUGAAACGACAUUGUUCAGUUAAAAAGAAAGAAGAGUAUAAUGGUUGCAAAUAAAAAAGAACAGUAUAAGAUGAUCGAACUCUUUCUGCUGCAGCAGUUAGCACAUGGAUUAAUUUAUCAGUUGUGAUACGUGUCGCAGCGUAAUUGGUCUUAGUAUCUUAGAUAUUAGUGGUUAUAAGCAGUUAUUGAAUUAUUGGGGCUAAAAAAAUUCAAGUUAUUGCUGUUUCUAAAUAUGUAUAAUUGUACGUUGAUUGCCAAAAGUGAAACGACAUUGUACAGUUAAAAAGAAAGAAGAGUAUAAUGGUUGCAAAAAAAACAGGAGUACAAGAUGAUCGAACCCGGUCUGCUGCAGCAGUUAGCACAUGGAUUAGUUUAUCAGUUGUGAUACGUGUCGCAUCAUAAUUGGCUUAGUCUCUUAGAUAUUAGUGGUUAUAAGCAGUUGAUUGAAUUAUUGGGGCUCAAAAAAUUCAAGUUAUUGCCGUAUCUAGAUAUGUAUAAUUGUACGUUGAUUGCCAAAAGUGAAACGACAUUGUUCAGUUAAAAAGAAGAAAGUAUAAUGGUUGCAAAUAAAAAAGAACAGUAUAAGAUGAUCGAACGCGAUCUGCUGCAGCAGUUAGCCCACUGAUUAGUUUAUCAGUUGUGAUACGUGUCGCAUCGUAAUUGGUCUUAGUCUCUUAGAUAUUAGUGGUUAUAAGCAGUUGAUUGAAUUAUUGGGGCUCAAAAUAUUCAAGUUAUUGCCGUAUCUAGAUAUGUAUAAUUGUACAUUGAUUGCCAAAAGUGAAACGACAUUGUUCAGGUAAAAAGAAAGAAGAGUAUAAUGAUUGCAAAUAAAAAAGAACCGUAUAAGAUGAUCGAACCCGGUCUGCUGCAGCAGUUAGCCCACUGAUUAGUUUAUCAGUUGUGAUACGUGUCACACCGCAAUUGGUAGAUUCAAUUCGUUUAGCCGUUAAUUAUACAGUUUAGUUUAAAAGCUUUAGUUAUCAGGAGCUGCAAAUUGCAGCAUUCUUCUGUAUAAAUUCUCUACACAGAGAAAUGGAGAAGGCUACAUUCCUCCAAAACCCUUCUCUCUUCCGCUAGCUUCUAGAUCUGCUAAGUCAUCUCCUUUCUGAGCGAUUCGGGUGAGAGGAUCUCUAGGGUCUGGAACGAGCUUUGCUUGCUUCAGGUCCUACUGGUGCAGACGCAAAUUUCGACUUUUUCUGUGUUGUUGUUGUUGCCGCCGGCGCGAAUUGGUUCCUGUUUAUUCCCCAUUGCUCAACCAAAUUAAGACGUCAGACUGAAGAGUUCUUCCACCUGGGGUUUCUUCUUCAGGUAAGCUCUCUGAUUGAUGUUUACUACUUCCUAUUGCUCUGGGUAUUCGUUUGCGAAGUUACAUACUUCCAUCAUUGCAGAUAAGGGUUUCCCUGCCAGUGUUGUUUGUUUCUGGACUACGAUGGAGCAGAUGAUUUGGUCUUUCCUUUGGUCAGUGGCCAGAGAUGCCUUUCUCCUGUCCGUACUGGUUGGUUCACUACUUUACCUUCUCAUCAGUUCCAAGCCUCCAUCCCCAUCUUCUGGUUCUUCUUCCACGCAAGUCCCACUUCCACCGGGAGACUACGAGGUUUUCCUCAACUUUAGGGGCGCCGACGUCCGCUACAGUUUCGCCAAUACUCUCAAUACAUUCCUGCUUAAGUAUGGGAUCCGCACCUUUUUCGACGAGACAGAGAUCCGCGAGGGGGAGGAAAUGGACCCUAAGCUCAUCAAGUCUAUCGAGCAAUCCAAGAUCUACAUCCCAAUCUUUUCUCCGGCCUAUGCUUCUAGUUGGUGGUGCCUUCGGGAGCUAGCCCACAUGGUGAAGUGCUAUGAACAUGGAAAGGGUCACAUUAUCCUUCCCAUAUUCUAUAUGGUGAAGACUGGGGACGUGAUGCAUCAACAGGGUCCUUUCGAGAAAUCAUUUCGCCAGCUCGCUGAGAAAUAUGAUUCAGAAACUAUAACAGAAUGGAAGAAAGCUCUCAAGACCGUCGGGGAAUUAAAGGGAUGGACUGUUUCUCCAUCAACUAGACAGGGAGAUACCAUUGAUGAAGUUUUUUCUUUGGUGAGGUCACAUCUGAUGGAGAAUUACAAGCUAGUGACUGGUCAAUUGGUUGGAAUUGAUCCUCACAUUAAGCAAGUGAAGCGCCUACUAAAAAAAGGAGUGAAACUUGUUGGCAUUCAAGGUAUGAGCGGUAUGGGUAAGACCAUUAUAGCCAGAGCCGUUUACAACAGUGUUAGUGCAUAUUUUGAUCGAUGCUGCUUUGUGGAAGACGUGCGAGACAUAUUGUCGAAGAGUGACGGUAUUAUUACCUUACAAAACAAAAUUCUAUCCGACAUUCUGAGGUGCCACACAAAGGUGAGGGAUUCUAGUCAAGGAAUCCAAAGUAUAAAAGACAGGGUUUGCUGCUGGGACAACAUUCUCAUCGUUCUUGAUAAUGUAGAUGAGCGGUUUGUGUUUGCGGACACCUUGGGAGAUUUAACACAUUUUCGCUCAAACAGUCGAUUUAUUAUUACAACGGUGGAUGAGAGAGUUUUUCAGAAAUUUCAAGAAUAUGAGUUGUACCAACCAAAGGGAAUGAAUCCGGAUAUCGCUCUUCAACCUAUUAGUAGACAUGCCUUUGGGUCGGAUUAUCCCCCCCAAGAUUACAUCUCUCGAUCUGAGAACUUUGUAAAGGUUGCAUCAGGUCUUCCUUUGGCUGUCAAGGCAAUAGGUUCACUACUUUUCCGCAAAGAUGAUAGUUUUUGGGAUGCAAUGUGGCCACGGUUACAGGACAUACCUGCUAUCGAGGUGCAAAAGAGAUUGAAGAUAAUCUAUAUGGAGUUGACGCCGGAGGAAAAGCACAUUUUUCUCGACAUUGCUUGUUAUUUUAUUGGAGAACCCUAUGAUCAAUCGUCCUACUUGUGGAGUGACUCCAAUUUACAUGCUUUGAUAGCAAUUGAUACUCUUUGCCUCAAGUCAUUGAUAAAAAUCAAUGAGAGAAAUGAAUUUUGGAUGCACGAUCAAUAUAAAAUCCUUGGUAGAGAUAUUGUUCGUGAGGAAGACAUUCUAAAGCCAUGGAAGCGCAGCAGGAUGUGGUCCAACGAGGAAGUGCUGGACAUGCUAAGAGAUAAAGAGGGAACUGAACGGUUGGAAGUUCUUAGAGUUGACAUGAGAGGUGAGGAUUUUGAGCUCACUCUAAAGGAAUUUCAGAAACUGUCAGGGUUAAGGUAUCUCGAAGUGUACUCUGGAAGGCUGACUGGAGAUUUCAGAAAGAUUCUGCCGAAUCUACGUUGGCUGCGUCUUCAUGGAUGCCGUUCAAUCCAUAACGCUUUCAAUGUAAAUAAAUUGGUAAUUCUGGAUCUGCAUCGUUGCCCUGUAAGCGAUGACUGGAAAAGCUGGAAGGGAAUCAAGGAGGGGCACAGAUUGAAAGUUAUAAAUGUAUCGUUCAGCUACAAAAUGAGAAAAGUACCAGAUUUGUGUGGAUGUAGAAGUCUAGAACAGAUAAAUUUCAGCUAUUGUUCGGAGAUGGGCGGGGAACUGCACAUUGGCAAUUUCAAGAAUUUGAGAGUGCUUGACAUUGCAAUGACUAAGAUAACAAAGUUAACAGGUGACAUUGGAAUACUUCAGAAUCUGCAAGAGAUCAGGGCAGCAAAUUCGUCCUUGAGAGAGAUUCCUGCUGGCAUUGGUAAACUAUCCUCCCUGGAGAUCUUGGAUCUAGGCGAGCUUCAGAUUGAAGUGCCAGAACUCCCAACAAGUUUAAAGCAGCUAACCCUCUCGUCGCCUAGGGUUCCUAAUCUUUUGAAGCUCGAGAACUUGGAGAAGCUAUCAUUGAUUUGUGAUGGACGUAAGAUUCCUGGGAAUAUGUGGAAGUUGUCCAAGUUGAAGGAUCUCGCUUUGCUGGAAGUUGGGAACGGGGAGGAUGCCCUUGAUCCCAACGACCAGAAUAAUAAUUCUCGACCUACCCUUCCAUCAUCUCUGAAUACCCUAUUGAUUUGGGGUUGUGAGCCUUUGGAGAGACUGCCGAACCUUGCGAAUCUUGGUAAUUUGAUGAAACUAGAUUUGAGGGAUAUUGGGGUACACGAGAUCGCCGGUUUGGGAGAGCUGAGGAUGCUGGAGAACUUCCAAUUAUGGAAUGCUUCAAGUCUACUUAAUCUCGAUUGCCUCGAACACCUAGAGCUUCUGAAGAAUUUGUGGGUGAAUGGUUGUCCAUUACUGAGAGAACUGCCUAGCUUCUCAAAUUUGACCAAAUUACAGGAGCUCAGGAUCUUUGAUUGUCCACUCCUCUCUGAAAUUCAAGGGCUUGGCGAACUGGUGGAAAUAUCAACUCUACUAAUCGAUGGAUGUCUUCAGUUGACUAGGGUGAUCGGGCUUGACGAAUUGGACUCAUUACAAUUAUUGGAGAUUCGUAAUUGCGCUUCGAUUGACAAGCUGACUGAUGUAUCUGCUUUGCAGCACUUGCAGGAGUUGAAAAUUAUGCGAUGCAAUCAAUUAACAGAAGUUAUGGGGAUUGAGCGAUUGGAGUCAUUGCAAGUAUUGGAGAUUCGUGAUUGCGCUUUGAUUAAGAAGCUGCCUAAUCUAUCUGCUUUGGAGCACUUGUUGAAGUUAAAGAUUAUGGGAUGCAAUCAAUUGAUUGAGGUUAUUGCGAUUGACAAAUUGGAAUCGUUGCAACUAUUGAGGAUUACUGAUUGCUCUUCGAUCAAGAAGCUGCCUGAUCUAUCUGCUUUGAAGCGCUUGCGGAAGUUGAAAAUUACAAGAUGCAAUCAGUUAACUGGGGUGAAGGGACUUGACCAAUUGGAGUCAUUGCAAUUAUUGAGGAUUACUGAUUGCGCUUCGAUUAAGAAGCUGCCUGGUCUAUCUGCUUUGGAGCAAUUGCGGGAGUUGACAAUCACAGGAUGCAAUCAGUUGACUGAGGUGACGGGACUUGACCAAUUGGAGUCAUUGCAACUAUUGAGUAUUUCUGAUUGCGCUUCGAUUAAGAAGCUGCCUGGUCUAUCUGCUUUGGAGCACUUGCGGGAGUUGACAAUUGCGGGAUGCAAUCAGUUGACAGAAAUUACAGGGAUUGAGAGAUUGCAGUGGUUGAAAGAUGUGGUCCAGUUUGAUACAAGGCGAAGGAUGCGACAUAUUAGUGAAAAGACGCGAAGAUUUGGCUGAACUCCACUGGGCGGUGGAAAGCUAAAAUAAGUAAGGUAAGUUGUAUUCUUCCGUUCGCACCAGAGCCGCUGGGGACUUUGUCGCUAAGACAAUUGAUAUCAUAUCACUAUCGACAUGUUGGGGGAGGGUAUGAAUAUGAUGAGCGCAGUACGUGAGUAGUAGAGGGGCUUGGGUGUUUUGGUUAAUGUUUUGUUAUUUGGAUUAUGUAUUAUGGGCUUGGGUUAGCUAGGUCAUUAGUAGGUAGUAGUCGAGUAGGGAUAGGGUUUCUACUUUCUUGGCUGCCGAGUUCGGCUAGGUCUGGGUAGGGAUUUGCGUCUAUAUAAGUGUAAGUUCCGCUUUAGUCCGUUGAUCAUCAAAUAAUAAACCUAAAAAGUAUUUUUGACAUUUUAGCUACAAGCAAAACCCUCGAGUUGUGGACAUCGACUCAUCAACUUGAUAUGAACCAGAUCUUGGGGAACUUGACUCAGUGGACGGUCACUCUGGAGGGAGCACUGCAGGAGGUCGUGCCCCUUCUACAGAGAAGAAAGAAACUAAGAAAGAGUCAUGAGUUCU